UUAGUCGUCCUGGACAAUGAGACUACAGUUUAUGUCGAGCCCUGUGUACAUUACAAUACAGCAACCUUUCAUCAUGCUUAAUGUCAUGGCAAUGGUGCCGUGUUAUGCAUGCCAGCACAUAUAUUGGCAUGCCUGUGUGGUAUCCAAUAAUCUAUACUGGGGAACUUUCCAGAUCUGGCAAAAUUGAAGAACCCACUCCUCACAAUGGCAUUGAUCAACAUCUCGUGCAGCAAGCAAAUGUGUGUGGCUGACUAACAUGAGGCUUAAGCAAUAUUGGUGUUGGCUGUGGAGGUGAGGAUAUGUGUUCAACAGCUGGGUACAGUCCAAGUUUAGGCUUCUUGAUUGACACUUGUAAGGAGAUUUCUUCUUUGAUGCUGAUGUUAUAAAACAGUGAUGUGUGAGCACUAUUUAAAUAUGCAGAGGAUUUCAUACUCUUUUUAAAAUCCCAGCCAGAUGCAAAUGAAAGUGGACAUUGAACAGCAAUAGAGAAAGAGCGAUUACAAUGCAUCUACAUUUUGAGCAGAAUAUUUCAUCAAGAACAGAAUGCGUCAUUCAUUCAUUAUCCUGGAUGGGGAAGGUGCCAGAUUCUCCAUCAGGGGACACUACUGGUGCAUGGAAGCUGUCCAGAGGUCAGUACUACAGUGAAGGCUGGCUGGCAUGUGGCAACCAUAAGGGCGUUGUGGGAGUCACCUUCACAACCAGCCACUGUAACAAGUAUGAGCCUCCACAAAGAUGUAACUUCAACCUGAGGGGUCAUCGCUCUCCGGUUAUUUUGGUCUGCUGGAAUGAACCGUAUCAGAAGUUGGCUACAUGUGACUCUCAGGGAAUCAUAUUUGUGUGGAUAAAGCAUGAAGGCAGAUGGUCAAUUGAGCUCAUAAAUGAUAGAAAUGCUCAGGUCACAGAUUUUGCAUGGUCCCAUGAUGGUAGAAUGGCUCUAAUAUGCUACUGCGAUGGAUUUGUACUGGUUGGUUCUGUAGCAGGACACAGGUACUGGUCGACCAUGCUCAAUCUUGAUGGAACACUAAUCAGCUGUGGAGUAUGGGAUCCAGGAGAUGAUAAGGUAGUGUUUGGUAAGACUGAUGGCCAGCUGAUUGUGAUGUCUUCCACAGGAGCGAUGCUGACACAGGUCACUGUGUGGAGCGGAGUGGAGAUUACCUCCCUUCAUUGGUCUUGCCAAAAGUUCAAUAUGGAGGAGAAUCCAAUCCAUGAUUCUUCAGUUAUAGUUACACCAGACAAAGGUCAUCAGGUUUCACCAGAGGAGCAGAGAGAACAUACCCUGGCUGUGAGUUUUGAUAAUGGCACCAUCUUCUUCAUGCAUAGCUAUGAUGACCCUUGUCCAAGAAUAGUUCACACAAACCUCACAGGUUUAACAAUGGAUUGGUCGAAUUGUGGGAAAUAUUUGGCUGUUGGUGGUUUCACACGACUUCCAGACUUACUUUGUUUGAAUGAGGUCCACUUCUAUACCAUUGCGGGUGACCGUAUCAGACGAGAGUUUGUACCAAGUCCGGGUAAAGCUUUAAGCUCGUUAUGCUGGGGUCACAAUGAUGCUCGUCUGUUUGUGUCAGCCGGUCACAACCUGCAUGUGGCCCGCGUGGUGAAGCACGUGCCCAGCCUGCAGUUCCUGUGCCAGCGGUCCGUACAGCUGCUCGUACACACGGACCAGCUUCUCCAUGUCUUGCCACUGCCCUCAACAGUAUGCUCAAACAUCAAGGCUCUCUUUGCUCCAACUUUGAAAAGUUACAUUCCUGAUCCUUUCAAGUUGCGAGGGUUUGUGAGUACGCCCCCUCCUGGAGCGGAGCGCAUGUUCUGUACCAUGAUCCACCAUGGGGAGGAGCCUUCAGGGGGACACUAUACUCUCUACCUCGAGUACUUAGGGGGCCUCAUUCCUCUCCUCAAGGGAAAGAGGGCCAGUAAACUCAGACCAGAUUUUAUCAUAUUUGAUCCCAAAAUCAAAGCUACAGGUUUAGUGGCGCCCAGUGUGGCCGCAGGCAGUGAUUGGACGGAGAGUUCCACGUCUGACAGUGAUGUCGAGGUAGAAAGGUGUGGGGGUUCUCCCAGAGUCACAAAAAGGAAAUGUCAGAAACAGUUCCGUCCUAACAGAGUUCAAAGAAGCACAACUUUCAGAACUCUGAAUGAUCUGUUUUACAAUGAUAAUUUACCAGAGAGUAGCAAGCUGGUAGAAGUAUUGUCCAACAUCUGGGGCACAAAGUUUCGGAUUGUUGGAACAGCGGCUCAUCUACCUGAAGACCUGGGUAGUGUGUUAUACAAGACAAGCUUGCUUCAUCUGCAGCCUCGACAGAUGACGGUCACUGUGACAGAGCUGCCACGAGAUGAGACACUUCUAGCUCAGGACCCACAGUUCACACCCACAGGUUAUGGAGAGGAAACCCAAAAUGAUGGCCUCGGGCCUGGUGCUCACAAUGAAAACUGGAUGAGCAGCCCGCAUGGUAGCCACGGUGGAAGCCCAGACUCCAGUGAGAUACUGACUGUGGACCUCCUGACUGAACACCUCGAGAUGUCAUGUGGCAACAUGGCUGCCUCCACCAGCCUUACAUACUGUCUCCCAGAGCGGCAGAUAUCAGUGUGCAUGAAGACUAAACUGUCCCCAGCAUCAGAGACCCAUCCUCAGAACAACCAAGCUUUUAAUAUUUCUCAUGAGGCCAUUAUGAUGGAUGCACAUAGUAAUGGUGGUGCCCGCCCUAAAGUUCCAUUAUACUCCCCUUUUUCUAAUCAUUUUGUUAAUGAAUCAUCAAAUGCUGGUGGGUUGACAAUAAGCUCAAAUUAUGUUAAUUCCAAACAAUUUUCCCCUGUUGAUAGUUCUAGUACCAGGUCUUCAAUUUCUAGUCAUAGUGAGCAUAGCAUAAGAUCUCCGUUACCAGAUACACAUAACUUACAAAAUAGUGCAAUAGUUGGGGACUUCUUUCUCUCUAGGUUAAGUAACGAGGGUAGUCAGGUCAAUACCCGUGAACAAAAUGUACAUUCCAGACCAGAUCACAUUCAGACUGGUAUAAAUAAGCAUGGUGCUAGUUUUGUUGAUCGCUAUUUCCGUUCUGACUAUACGGAGACUGGGGCCCCACGAUGGGCUGAUCCUGCUUGUCAUGGCUUGAAGUUUGCAGAUGAAGAUGAUCAAACUAACAGGGAUCCAAUCAAUGAAGGGAAUAUUGUUCAUGAUAGCAGCAAUGUGCUGACUCCUUCAUCCCAGUCCCAGAAACGGUUGAUUCUUGACAGUGGAUCAGAGGCUGCUAAUCAGACUGACACAGACCAAGAACACAAGGGUCACAUAGGCAGCUUGGCUGAAUUAACACAAGCGCUAUUUUUUGAAAAACAACAUCCCAAAGAGAGAGAAGUAACUAAUAAGAACUCCAUGGGAUUAGUGAAUAUUUUUGACACAUUACAGCACACAAACAUUCAUCAACAUGAAUCAGCUUACACUUAUGAGGAUAUAAAGUAUUUGGGUCAAAAGAGAAAACCAUCUUUAUUAAGUGAAUUUGAGCGGAAAGAUAUUACACAGACAACAUCUCUCCCUUCAUCUCCAUUGCAUAGAAUCCAUGAAGGAGGUUCAUCCAAGAGGUCAACAAAGGAAGGCUUGAUGCAGGGAAAGUGCAAACAUUACAGUCCCAUAUUCAAGAAAAAAUCUUCCUUUAAUCAAAGCUUAGACACAUCUGAUACCGAACGUGUUCCCUCAUUAGAAGACAUAAUGCUGUCAUCUAGCUACAAAAAUCUUGAAUCAUUCCAGAAAGCUCAUCUUAAACAAAAGUUUCGUAAUGCAUUGAAUCAAGGUGACAGGUGUAUGGACAGGUGUAUGUCAUCAAACAGACAAUUUGUAUUACAUAACAAGGCCCCUUUGUGGAAUGAAAACAGUCAAGUGUACCAGCUGGAUUUCGGAGGCCGGGUUACACAAGAGUCUGCCAAAAACUUCCAAAUCGAACAUCGAGGAAAGCAGGUGAUGCAGUUUGGACGCAUUGAUAGCAACGCCUACACCCUUGACUUCCAGUACCCAUUUACAGCCAUACAAGCAUUUGCAGUGGCAUUAGCAAAUGUGACACAGCGUCUCAAGUAGAACUACUGGAAUUUCACUUGUACAGAAAAAUACUUAAUAACAGUAAUUUCUGAAGUGAUAUGUAACAGUUAUAGCUUUGUGUGUUCUCAUGAACAGGAAUCGUUGGUGAGCUUUUAGAAUAGGAAUACUGUCUUGUGUUGGCCAUAACUAAUACCUGUCAACCAUUGGCAUAGUGAACUUUACUGCUACCUUGCUUUCCAUUGAAUUUUGACCAAACUUGAACAGUUGGUAUUUGUCAUAUAUUUAUGCCCCCCUUCGAAGAAGAGGGGGUAUAUUGUUUUGCACAUGUCGGUCCGUCCGUCUGUUGGUCCGUCCGUCCACCAGAUGGUUUCCGGAUGAUAACUCAAGAACGCUUAGGCCAAGGAUCAUGAAACUUCAUAGGCACAUUGAUCAUGACUGUCAGAUGACCCCUAUUGAUUUACAGGUCACUAGGUCGAAGGUCAAGGUCAUGGUGACUCGAAACAGUAAAAUGGUCUCCGGAUGAUAACUCAAGAAUGCUUACGCCUAGGAUCAUAAAACUUCAUAGGCACAUUGAUCAUGACUGGAAGAUGACCCCUAUUGAUUUUCAGGUCACUAGAUCAAAGGUCAAGGUCACAGUGACUCGAAAUAGUACAAUGGUUUCCAGAUGAUAACUCAAGAAGGCUUACACCAAGGAUCAUGAAACUUCAUGUUACAUUGGUCAUGACUGGCAGAUGACCCUAUUAAUUUUCAGGUCACUAGGUCAAAGGUCAAGGUCACAGGGACUCGAAAUAGUACAAUGGUUUUUGGAUGAUAACUUAAGAAUGCUUACACCUAGGAUCAUGAAACUUCAUGGUACAUUGAUCAUGACUGGCAGAUGACCCCUAAUAAUUUUCAGGUCACUUAAGGUCAAAGGUCAAGGCCACAGUGACAAAAAAAACAUAUUCACACAAUGGCUGCCACUACAACUGACAGACCAUAUGGGGGGGCAUGCAUGUUUUACAAACAGCCCUUGUUUUAACAAACUCUUGAAUGGACCAGAUUGGCCAGGAAUACCAGAGGGCAUUUCAACAUAUUUGCCCUUGUGUAGAGGCAGUUAAAAAUUCAUUAUAUUACCCAUUUUAAUUAGGAUCUUUGUUGAAACUAUUAUGUAUUGACAAUUUUACUAUAACACCUUAUUUUCCCACACCAACAAAAAGUGUUCUUGGGAGAAAGUUUUGCAAUCAUAAGAAUAAUUCUUUUACUGAGUGCUUAUUUAAGAAAUUCUGAAAAGUAAAAUGUUAUUUAUUAAAAUAAAAUGCUGUCAAUAUUCUAA